CAUUAUUUCUUCAGUCUCUCGAUACAGGAUGGCCGAUCAAGUUGUUUCACCAGUGUCAGUAGAAAACGGGAAAAACAGUAGUCGAACACUGGAGCAAAUUUUACAUUAUCCUAUCUUAAUGUUGAAAGUGGGUGGAUAUUUCAUUGACAUACAAGGCGCAAAACCCAAGGUAGCCGGGAAAAUAAUUUUAAACGUUGUGUACAUGCUGAUUUUGGUUUCUGGCAUCAUUAGAAUACUAACUGGCUUUGUAAUCUAUGACGAGUUUUCUGACAAACUGACGGGUCGCAUUGUUUUUGCAGUCGCCUACAUCAGCAACACCAUCAUGUUUCCAGUGUUCAUUGUUGCAUUUUCAAGACAUCUACCCGAAAUCCUAUCCAAAUUUGGGAGAUUUCAAGGAAAAUAUGGCUUUGUGGUAGAUUGCGCUAAAAUGAAACGAGUGACUACUGUUGUAUUUGCGUUUAUGGUAAUAUCUGUAAUAGUUACUGUGACAUGUGAUGCUGUCUUAACAAGUUCUCGUGUUUUAGACGAAUCUGGACUCUUUAUCAGUCGCUUUCUUCCAUUCCAAUAUAACCAUGGAUUUCUUUUUGAUUUGGCAAAUAUAAUCGACGCAGUUGCGUGUUUGCACUGGACUCUUCUACUAGAUGCCGAAACGACAGUUAUUUUUGUCUUUUUACAUUUAAUCAUUAAGGAGUUUCAAGGUGUGACGAGACAAAUUGACACUGCUAAAGCAAAAGAUAAUAUGUCUGCUCUAGAACUUGGACGACUGAGACAAAAACACCAUGAAGUCGCAGAGCUACUAGAAACAGCAAACAGCGUCAUUCAACCGAACGUUCUUUUGAAUUAUAUGCUCACCAUUCCAAGCAUCUGCUUCGGUGUUUAUGGUAUUGUUCACAGUACUUUUGGGGUCGUUAACGUUAUCAUUCUUGUAUUCAUAUUUGUCAUGCAAUUAAUAGGAAUGAAUUUAGUGACGGCGCUAGGAGCAAAAAUUAAUUCAGAGAUCAACUCACAUGGUAAGAAAUAUGAUUCGGAAAAUAUUUUAGCUCCUAUGAACAGAAUGCUUCAGAGCAUUUCACGUGACCGCCUGGAUUACGUGAUUCGCGUAUGGGAAGAACGGUGGCAUAUAUGCUUCAAAAUCAGAGAGGGCUUUGCAGACAAGUUAAGAUGCGAUAACAGUUUCAUUUCCAGGGCCAUUAAUGAUAAAAUAUCCGUUAGUUAUUCUCGUCCAUUCUCUCGAUACAGGAUGGCCGAUCAAGUUGUUUCACCAGUGUCAGUAGAAAAAGGGAAAAACAGUUCUCGAUCACUGGAGCAAAUUUUACAUUAUCCUAUCUUAAUGUUGAAGAUGGGUGGAUAUUACAUUGACAUACACGGCGCAAAACCCAAGGUAGCCGGGAAAAUAAUUCUAAACGUGGUGUACAUGCUAAUUUUGGUUUCUGGCAUCAUUAGAAUACUAACUGGCUUUGUAAUCUAUGACGAGUUUUCUGACAAACUGAUGGGUCGCAUUGUUUUUGCAGUCGCCUACAUCAGCAACACCAUCAUGUUUCCAGUGUUCAUUGUUGCAUUUUCAAGACAUCUACCCGAAAUCCUAUCCAAAUUUGGGAGAUUUCAAAGAAAAUAUGGUUUUGUGGUAGAUUGCGCUAAAAUGAAAAGAAUGACUACUUUAGCAUUUGUGCUUAUGGUCAUAUCUGUAUUAAUUACUGGGAUGUGUGAAGCUGUCAUAACAAGUUCUCGUGUUCUAGAGGAAGCUGGACUCUUUAUCAGUCGCCUUCUUCCAUUCCAAUAUAACCAUGAAUUUCUUUUUGAUUUGGCAAAUAUAAUCGACACAGUUGCGUGUUUGCAUUGGACUCUUCUACUAGAUGCCGAAACGACAGUUAUUUUUGUUAUUUUACAUUUAAUCAUUAAGGAGUUUCAAGAUGUAACGAGACAAAUUGACACUGCUAAAGCAAAAGAUAAUAUGUCUGCUCUAGAACUUGGACGACUGAGGCAAAAACACCAUGAUGUCACAGAGCUACUUCAAACAGCAAACAGCGUCAUUCAACCGAACGUUCUUUUGAAUUAUAUGCUCACCAUUCCAAGCAUCUGCUUCGGUGUUUAUGGUAUUGUUCACAGUACUUUGGGGGUCGUUGACGUUAUGAUUCUUGUAUUCAUAUUUGUCGUGCAAUUAAUAGGAAUGAAUUUAGUGACGGCGCUAGGAGCAAAAAUUAAUUCAGAGGCACACAGUGCUUUGAGGAGUCUUUUCGCGUUCAGUCUUGAGAAUUUGUCAAUAGAUGCACAACAUCAGUUACAAAUGUUUAUUUCUCAGCUGACGAGUCAGACGAUCGGUAUCAAUGUUUAUGGUUUAUUUACCAUGGAUGGUUCAACGUUUCUUAUGAUAUUUGGAACAGUGAUUACCUACACAGUGGUUGUUCUCCAGAUUCAAGCUGGAAGCUGUAACGUUUCCCAUAAUGUCAAUACUUGUAAUUGCACAAUAUGAAAAAAUAACAUGUAGCAUGAAAUAUAUGGAGAUAACGAACAGAUUUCAAGCUCAAAAGUCCCAUAAACAAUGCAAAAUAGGAGCAGAAAAAACACAGAUCUCUGAAACAUCAGAGGUAGGAUCCGUUGCCAUGGAUGAGUAAGCAUCCCCUGAUAAAAAUUACAUGUAAUUGUAACUGCACAAUAUAAUACAGUAACAUGUGGGAACUUAUACAUCAAUGAUUGUACUUGCACUUUAUGAGAGAGUAAAAUGUGGGCCGGUUAACGUCAAUAAUUGUUCAUGCACGAUACA